AGGUCGCUUCUGAAAAAGAGCUAUAUAGUUCAGUAGGCCUUAGCUGGUAAAAUAAAGAUAAUUAAAGUUUGAGUUUUAAGACAUUUGUGGCAGCGUUCACAAGAGGAGGAGACCCUUGUGCGGCGAAAUAUUUAUGAUGAUAUACAACGUAUUAAUUUACUGUGAUGAGCCUUCUGCACUCUGAACCAAGCUGUCCGAGUUUGAUUACCAACCAUGGCUAGCAUUGGUGGCCAGUGAAAUCUGACCCAGUCUUGGGUGUACCACUUCGUGCUGACCAGUGUGAUGAAGUAUGAUCAAUUAAUUCCCAUGACCGGUAUGGCUCAGGGAAACUUUCAUCCAGCAGUAUCACAAAAACACAUUCAGCGGUGGACGGAUCAUGGCUGUUCAUGAUGAUGAUGGUGAUGAUUACGAUGGUAAAACGAACGUUGCCUGUAUUAAGGCUCAGGAGGACGAGGACACAAUCACUCGGCUGAGGGAGGAGCUCAAGGCGAGCAAGGAGGAGCUCGCAGCGAGUGAGGCGGAGCGCGCCAGUGCCCAGCCGGAGCUCUCCACCCCCCAACAGGGACUGUCGGCGCUGCAGGAUCAGCUGACCACGUCCCAAGCUGAGAAUGAGGACACUCUGCGUCAGCUGUUCGAAAGGAGCCAGGAGCUGGGAUCCCUGCAUGCGGGGAUUCUUUGGUAUCAGCGUAUGCUGGCCGAGCUGCACACAGAGCUGGAGCAGUACCGCGGAAACGCACAGAUCGCACGCUCACAGCUGCAGCAUUUGGACAUGCUGCGCCAGCAGAGCGAGGCGGAGCUCAUCGAAAAGAAUGAGCACCUGGGAUCCCUGCAGGUGGGGAUUUUGGGUUACCAGCGUGUGGUGGCAGAGCUGCACGCUGAGCUGGCGCCAUGCCAAGAAAACCUGCAGAGCAUUCACUGUCAGCUCCAGGAUCUGCAAGUGCUGCACCAGCAGAGUGAGGCGAAGCUCAUUGACAGGAAUUGGCAACUGGAAUCUCUGCAGGCAGAGAUUCAGUGGUAUCAACGUGUAGUGGCGGAGCUGCACGCUGAGCUGGCGCCCUACCGCGACAACGAGCAGAGUGAACACUCAGAGCAGCAGCGUCUGCAGAGCGAGGUGGAGGUGAGUGCACAGCACUCGCGCAUCGCACACACACACACGUAUAUAAUUUGCGUUUAACGUAAAUAAUAGAUUCAUGCACACACGAUUCAGUGUAUUAUGAUUAUGAUGAGCUGGUCUAACCAUCACGUUAAGCCGUCAUGGUCCCCGUUUACAAAUACAGAUUAUCUAUCUAUAGACAAUUCCAUUAUUGCUGGACACAGUAAUAACGAUGAGAAUGAUUUAGCACCUUUCUGUACACCGGGGCAUCUCAGAGCGCUUUACAUCACAUCUCAUCUCAACACGUGUGAAAGGGCACCCCCAAUGACAGAUGUCCCUGUGGGCACAAGGUGACUCAGCACCUGGUGUGCAAUUGGCAUUUGUCUGCCAGUAGGGGGUGCUGAUUGUUGUGUGUAAUCCCAGUUGAGCUGGUAGAAGU